GGCCUCGGUGCUGCUGAUGCCCCAGUAGCGAGAAGCUGCAUCCAGUCGCUGAAAGGGAUUGGCGGCGGCGGCUGCUCCCGGCUCCGGUUCAGGGAGGAUGCUGUCGGUUUGUCGGAGGAUGAGAGCACGGACGUGGAGGCUGCUGCUUUCCUGCCCGUUCUCCAGGGGAUUGCAGAAGCGUCUCCCUGGUUUUAAAGUGAAGUACCUAUUCUUGCUGUGGUUAGGAAUCCUCCUGGGUGGUUGGGUACUUUACUUGCACUACUCGUCCUACUCAGAAUUAUGCCGUGGUCACAUCUGUCAGAUGAUAAUUAGUUUAAUUUUAUCCCCCCAGUGUGAUCGUUAUAAGAAAGGCAUCAUUUCUGGCUCUGCCUGCAAGGACUUGUGUGAGGAAAAAACGCUGCUGUUCCAACAGUGUUUGUCGUCAAGCCCAGUGCAUCAGGUUUACGGGGGAGUCUGGAGAAAUAAAGAGGUCAUUAUCAAAUGUGGGAUAGAAGAAGCCUUCAGAGUAGAUCUCAAUUCUGAGACAUUACCUCGGAAGGAUCUUGUACUGUUUGACAAACCAACUAGAGGGACCUCAAUGGACGAAUUCAAGGAGAUGGUGCUGACAUUCUUGAAGUCCAGUCUUGGAGAUCAGCAAUCACUUGGAAAUCUUGUCAACAGAAUAAUCAGCAUGGCAGAUAUCAACCGGGACAACAAGGUGUCCUUAGCUGAAGCAAAGUCUAUCUGGGCAUUGCUUCAGCUCAAUGAGUUUUUGCUGAUUAUUUCACUGCAUGAAAAGGAGCAUACAGCGCAGUUGCUGGGCUACUGUGGAGAUCUGUACAUCACUGAGAAGAUCCCAUACCACUCACUUUACAGCCUCAAGCUGCCACGUUUCCUUGAAGUAGUCUUGCCCUCGAUCGUACGGACGAGCCUAAACCAAUGGUUUGCUCCAGCAUGGCCACACAGAGCAGAAAUCACCAUUGGCCUCUUGGAAUUUGUGGAGGAAAUUUUUCAUGGCACUUAUGGGAGCUUUUACAUCUGUGACACGGACCCAGGUAACAUUGGCUACGAUGACAAGUAUGAUUUUAAGAUGGUGAACUUAAGGAUGAUGGUGACAGAAAUGACUCUUAAAGGAUUCUAUAAAGGACGCUACUGUGAGCAUAACACAGACUGCACACAUGGGAAAGACUGCACAGCAACCUGUGACAAACUAGUGAAGCAAUGCAAUACUGAACUGAUACAACCAAAUCUGGCCAAGAUUUGUGGCUUAUUACAGGAGUAUUUGUUAUAUGGGGCACCCAUCAAUUUCAGAGAUGAAUUACAAAAACAACUCCAGAUCUGCAUGAGACUGAAUGGGUUGGCGAGGCAGAUGGAGGUUCAUCAUUCUUUGCUGUUAAACAACAUCAAAACUCUUCUUUGGAAAAAGAUUUCAAACUCUAAAUAUUCAUGAAGGAAUAUUGUAUUAUAUCUGGAGGUUCUGUCUAAUGUAAUUUAUGUAUUGUAUCUACUGUAUCACAGCCUGAAGUGAAGCUCUAGGCAAGCAAUUGUGGGACUAGUGAAUCAACUUAUAAUAACCUGUUA